AUGGCUACUACGACUACUAUGACUGCUACUACACCGCCGACUCCUAUGGGCAUGGACUAUACCAACGAACCUCCACACUCCUCGCUCCUGACGAUUCAAGCCAAGGAGCCGUUCAAUGCGGAGCCUAGUGCUGCAGCUCUCGUCGAGUUCCCGAUUACGCCUGAGGAUUUGGUGUAUUGUAGGAACCAUGGUCCUGUUAGGGUGUUUGAUGAGGAGACGUAUAGGGUGCAGGUUGGUGGGUGUGUGAAGAGUGGGAGGAGUUGGACGGUGCGUGAGUUGAAGGGUGCGUUUGGGAAAAGGGAGGUUGUUGCUGUUCUUCAGUGCGCUGGGAUAAGGAGGAAGGAGAUGGGUGUUAUUAAGAAGGUGAAUGGUGUACCCUGGAGCGAUGGUGUUAUUGCCAAUUGUAGAUGGGGAGGUGUUUUGUUGAGGGAUGUUAUCCUUGCGGCUGGGGUUGACACUGCGGAGGCGAGGGAGGAGGAUAUGCAUGUGUGCUUCGCCUCGUAUGCGACGUUGUGUGAGGAUGAUAAGUACUAUGGGGCGUCCAUCCCGCUUGGGAAGGCGUUGGAUGAGAUGGGGGAUGUGUUGCUUGCUUAUGAGAUGAAUGGUGAACCGCUUACCCCGGACCAUGGUGGCCCUCUUCGUGUGGUCGUACCUGGAUACCUAGGCGCACGCUGGGUCAAAUGGGUGGAUACGAUUACUAUUUCGACAUCAGAAUCGCCGAAUUAUUAUCAGCAGAGGGAUUAUAAGAUCCUACCCCCUUCGAUCGACUCUAAAGCGCUGGCUACGCCUGACGUGUGGGCUAAAUACCCCUCCAUGACCACUUUACCGCUAAACUCGGUUGUGGGGUCGGUCACGCCUCUUUCGUCGUCCUCGCCGAGCGGGACAGCGAUUUUGGUCAAGGGGUAUGCGGUUCCUGGUGGGGAGGGUAGUAAUGUGAAGGGGGUGGAGGUUACUGUUGAUGAUGGGGAGACGUGGUAUCCUGCUACUAUAACGUAUCAGGAGGGGAGGUGGAGUUGGACGCUUUGGGAGGUUGAGGUUGAUGGUGUUGAGGUGAGUGGGAGGGUUAGGAGUUGUGCGGUUGAUAGUGAGGGGAGGAGGCAGCCGAAGGAGGGGGUGUGGAAUUUGAGGGGCGUGGCGUAUAAUGCUUGGGGUGUUGGGGAGUGGUGA